AUUCUCAUUCCAUCAUCACUGCCUAUUCCUAAUUUCCAUUGCAUUUACUUCAUUUUGUCUUUCUUCAAUUUCAAUUUCAAACAAGGUUCCGCUGCCACUGAGGAGUCACAAUGGUUGCCGGAAUGCCAGUGAAUAUGGCCGGAAGCUCCGGCUACCUUGAGAUGCACCCUGAACGCAAAAUCUCCAUGUUCCAAAAUCCAUACAUUCUUGGAACCACAUUUGCCGCCGGCAUUGGUGGUCUCCUCUUCGGCUAUGACACCGGUGUCAUCUCCGGUGCGCUUCUAUACAUAAAAGAGGAUUUUGAUAUGGUCAAGAAAAGCAGCUUCAUUCAAGAGUUAAUAGUUGGAAUGGCGUUGUUAGGUGCAAUCUUCGGCGCUGCCAUUGGAGGUGUUAUAAACGAUGCUUUGGGACGUAAAAUAGCCACUAUUACCGCAGACAUUAACUUCAUCGCCGGUUCUCUUAUAAUGGCUGCUGCACCAAAUCCAUAUGUUAUAAUAGCGGGUCGGUUGCUUGUUGGUUUUGGUGUGGGUAUGGCAUCUGUAACUGCUCCCGUUUAUAUUGCGGAAGCGUCUCCCACGGAAAUCAGAGGUGGAUUGGUGAGUGCAAAUAAUCUUAUGAUUACUGGAGGACAAUUUCUUUCAUUUGUUGUGAAUUAUGGUUUGACAAGAGUUCCUGGUACAUGGCGAUGGAUGCUUGGUAUUGCUGGCACACCUGCUGUUGUUCAACUUAUUCUCAUGACUAUUCUCCCUGAAUCACCAAGAUGGCUAUACAUGAAGAGUAGGAAAGAAGAAGCAACUCGUGUUCUUUCCAAGAUAUACGAUUCUCCUCGAUUGGAAGAUGAGAUUCAACUUUUGGAAGAUAAUUUGGAGAAAGAACGUAAGAGUAUGGCUAAAGUUCAAUACAGUGAUGUUUUCAGGCAGAAGGAAAUCAGAAUGGCGUUUAUCUGUGGUGGUGGACUUCAGGCUUUCCAGCAAUUUGCUGGUAUUAGCAUUGUUAUGUAUUACAGUCCUACCAUUAUUCAGAUGGCUGGAUUUAAAUCAAACCAAGCAGCUCUUUUCCUUUCCCUUAUUGUAUCUGGUAUGAAUGCUGCAGGAUCUAUUCUUGGAAUUUACCUUAUUGACCGAUUGGGUAGGAAAAAGCUUGCUCUUGGUAGUUUAGCUGGUGUUAUUGGAGCAUUGAUAGUUUUGUCAGUAUCGUGCUAUAUUAUAGGACAGGGAAAUACAAAAAAACUAUAUGGUGGGCUUGCUGUUUUUGGUUUGGCUUUGUAUAUUGCUUUCUUUGCACCUGGAAUGGGACCUGUACCUUGGACUGUUAACUCUGAGAUUUAUCCUGAAGAGUAUAGAGGUAUGUGUGGUGGUAUGUCUGCGACUGUUAACUGGGUUUGCAGUGUCAUUAUGUCUACCAGCUUCCUUUCUGUUGUCGAUGCUAUUGGGCUUGGUCAGAGUUUCAUGGUUCUAUUGGGUGUGUCUAUUGUUGCUCUUGGUUUUAUCAUAUUCUACAUGCCAGAGACCAAAGGAUUGACCUUCGAAGAAGUCGAUUUAUUAUGGAAGGAGAGAGCCUAUGGGAAGAACUACAACAAAGAAAGCCAUGCGGAGAAAGCAAGUGAAUGAAUUUUUACAUGAAUAUGUUUAAGUCUUCUAUCCUUCCUUCUACAUAUAUAUGCAACAUAAAUGUAUUUAUGUGUGGAAUGGAUCAUUCACUAAGCUCACUAGAGAGUGAUCCAUGCUCCAAGUCUUUCAUAUUUUUCUUUUAAGCUUGGAUAUUACCUGGAUUGAAUUUUGAUACAAAUGAAUAAAUACAUUUAUAUAUGUAUGU